CCUGAAAUGUGGAAAGAGCUUCAAUACGAGCUCCUAUCUCAGUUCCCAUUGAAGAAUUCAUAGAGGGGAGAAACCCUAUCAGUGUGUGGAAUGUGGAAAGAGCUUCAGUUACAGCCACAGUCUCACUUCCCAUCAAAGAAUUCAUACAGGGGAAAAACCCUAUCAGUGCAUGGAAUGUGGAAAGAGCUUCAGGAAGAGCUCCCAUCUCACCUCCCAUCAAAGAAUUCAUACAGGGGAGAAGCCCUAUCAGUGUGUGGAAUGUGGAAAAAGCUUCAAUAGUAACUCCAAUCUCACUUCCCAUCAGAGACUUCAUAUAGGGGAGAAACCCUAUCAGUGCAUGGAAUGUGGAAAGAGCUUCAGUCAGAGCUCCCAUCUCACUUCCCAUCAAAGAAUUCAUACAGGGGAGAAACCAUAUCAGUGUGUGGAAUGUGGAAAGAGCUUCACUGAAAGCUCCUCUCUCACUUCCCAUCACAGAAUUCAUACAGGGGAGAAGCCCUAUCAGUGUGUGGAAUGUGGAAAGAGCUUCAGUCAGAGAUCCCAUCUCACUUCCCAUCACAGAAUUCAUACAGGGGAGAAACCGUAUCAGUGUGUGGAAUGUGGAAAGAGCUUCAGUCAUAGUGCCCAUCUCACUUCCCAUCAAAGAAUUCACACAUGGGAAAAACCCUAUCAGUGCGUAGAAUGUGGAAAGCGCUUCAGUCAGAGCUCCGAUCUCACUAAGCAUCAAAGAAUUCAUACAAGGGAGAAACCCUAUCAGUGUGUGGAAUGUGGAAAGAGCUUCAAUCAGAGCUCCCAUCUCACUUCCCAUUACAGAAUUCAUACAGGGGAGAAGCCCUAUCAGUGUGUGGAAUGUGGAAAGAGCUUCACAUGUAGCUCCUCUCUCACUUCCCAUCAAAGAAUUCAUACAGGGGAGAAGCCCUAUCAGUGCGUGGAAUGUGGAAAGAGCUUCACUGAUAGCUCCAAUCUCACUUCCCAUCACAGAAUUCAUACAGGGGAGAAGCCCUAUCAGUGUGUGGAAUGUGGAAAGAGCUUCACAUGUAGCUCCUCUCUCACUUCCCAUCAAAGAAUUCAUACAGGGGAGAAGCCCUAUCAGUGUGUGGAAUGUGGAAAGAGCUUCACUCAUAGCUCCCAUCUCACUUCCCAUCACAGAAUUCAUACAGGAGAGAAGCCCUAUCAGUGAAUGGAAUGUGAAAAGAGCUUCACUGUUAGCUCUAAACUCACUUCCCACCAAGGAAUCCAUACAUAGGUUGGAAAAACCAUUAUACAGCUUUAGGAGCCAGGCAAAUCCGCACCUUUUUAACCAGGCCUUUUUCUUAUUGACAUCUAAUGCUAUUUUAACAUGUGAUGUUUUGUGUUUUUAUGUUGUGUUUUUAUGUUCUAAGCAUUCCGAGACAUGUGGGUGUAGGGAAUACAGCCACUCUUAAAUUCCUAGGGGUCUUUGCCCCCCCCCAUAAAAUAUUUGAGGAGGCCACCCUCCAGGUUUUCUU